UACCGUAUCAACCGCACCGCGGAUAGAGUGGGAAAAGCGCACACAAACCCACACACACGCAAGUGCGCGGUCUGUUGUGAUCGCGCGAACGUCAAACACGCCACUUGUUCGAAAGCGGCAUUCAAAGCGGUCGGACGUUUGGCGAUACAGCUCCGAAGUGAUUUGAACAGCAACGACGACGGCGUUGUGUAGUUUUUGUUUCCGUUUCCUUUCCAUCCAUUCACUGUGUUUGCGGAUAAAGCAAAAAACGUGUGCUGUUCUUCAGAGAGGGCGCCUCGCCUAGAAGUGAAAGCACGGAAAUCACGCCACCAAAACGCCCGGACUCCAAACAACCCGGACCGCCAGAGCUGUACGCUGUUCUGCGCAUCGGAAUCCCGGUCCACGGGAAGAUGAAACAAACCUAGACGAUAGGAUCGUCCCAACUAGUACGCAAGCGAAUCAAACCCAUCACCAGCAACGCCGCGCUUCGUCGGCCGAACUACACAGCGCAGCGACCAGAUCUGGAUCACCCGGUGCGGGAAUGAUGCGCCCGAUAAGCACAAGCCAAAGCGUCAUGACGGACGCCCAGGGACUAAUCGUACCAAAGAAGCUGGUCAACCCGGUGCUCGAAUCGAUCGAUCGACAAAAUCUGCACCGCGAAAUGAUGUUCAAUCAGAAGAUUGGCAAAAGCGUACUGAACCAAAAGUCGGAACUGCAGCGUGCGCUCGAAAAGCAAAAGGAGCGUCAGGUGCUGGCGGCACAAAAUCUCGCCAAGCAAACGGAGCAAACCAUUGCGACCGAGCUGGGCCGCGUCAUCAUGCAGCGGGCCCAACGGUUGGAGCAGCAGAAGGGUGGCAGCGGGACGGGCGGGAACGAUCCGACCGCCGGUUCGAUCAAUCCCGAGUAUUUAAAUGCACGCGCCAAACUGCGGGCCACGGUCGAUACGAAAUGAACGGGCGUGCAGCCGUUGGGCGCCUCCAUUGAUGAUACGCAGUAACGCUUCCUGGUUUACUUCCUAAAAAAAAAAAAAAAAACAAGAACAAUUACACCCGGACACGAUGGAAUGGGAUUGGCCGUACCCCCUGGGGCAUGUUUGUAAUUGAAUCGGUUUUGUUUUAAGCUUUUUACGUUUAAGAAAAAUAUUCUUUUUUAAACUAUUCUUCAGACACACUUCUUCAGAAACGAAUAGCAAGUAACGUGCAGCAACAGCAGUAGCAGCCAUAGAAAUUAGGUUCGAAGUUGGUAUUUGCGAGUAGUGUAUGUGUGUGUGUGUGUGUGCGUGCGCGCGUGCGGUACGAUUUCAGCAGAAUGGAACACCGUUGGGUGGCAAAGGGGCGGGAAAGGAACCCACAAAAUAGGGGGGAAGAAAAAACUACAACCCGCCAGCCAGCCGGGGGCCCGUUCAGCACAACACUGCGCCCAGUUUCUUUUGAAGUGUGCCAUUUUACUGAAACGAAGUGUGAAUGAGUAGAUCGAAUGUAUGUGUGAGUCUGUUUUUUUUACCCGCCAGUGAUAAGCGAAGUAUGUGUGCAGAAGGAUGCAGAUUGCAUGCAGAAAACCAUAGGCUUUAAAUAGGAUUAGUGAAUGAAUGCGCUCUGUUGGCUGCAAUAAUUGUGUGUGUGUGUGUGUCUGGUUUUAAAGAGAGAAAAAUCGUCGUGAAAAGCUUCACCCUCAACUCUACUGAUCUGGUUCCUUUUGCCUAUCUAAUUUCCCCCCUCCAAAAAAAGAAGCUAGAAACGUUUUUUUGGAAAAGGAACUCUUUUUUACACCUGUACAUCGUGUUUAGCGCGACCUGUGCUGUAAUCUAGUUUGAGAUGGCAUUUCUACGUCUGUGUGUGUUUGUGCUAAUAUGUACUGAUAGGUGAUAGGAAUGAAACAGGGCAAUGAAAACAAAACAAAAAAACCAAUAGACACCGAUAGUUCUUCCAAAAAUACAGAAUGCAGAUUAGAUAUUUCUAACCCCACGGUAUUGUACUGGAGACUGGUAUUGGGAAUGAUCGAGCUAGGGACAGAGAAGAGAGAAAGGGAGAGAGAUUUUAAUUAUACAAUCAAAUCGUCGUAGCUGAUUGUUUUUUUAUUUGGGAGGGGGACGAUACGUAGAUAAUAAAAUCAGAAGAUAAAGAUCCCCCCCCGUCAAAAACCCACAACACGCCAAACACAGCUCAAACCUAUAUCCUCGUUGGUAUUAAAAUUGGAGUAAAGAAAAAAGGCAUCCUAUAUAUACCAAAAAAAGGGAAACAAAGGAAAACCAGAUGGACUAGAUAUUCAAACACUAAAGAAGGCUGAUACGCGGAUCAACAGAGUAAGAAAAGGCGCGAGCUCAAAAAACCGAUAAUCUCCGAACCGUUUUGCGUUCAAACGAAUGAUAAUCCCGGAAUGGAAGCAAUUUUUCUUUUCUUUCUAAACGCAUAGAAUCGCUAAUUAUGCUCAAGAAGCAGAGUUCCACUAAAGCAUUUCUUCUCAAAUAAUGUAAUUAAACGUUACUCGUUGUUCGUGUGCUUGUACAUACAGGAAUUCCUAUUUAAAUGAUCACAAUCAGACCCAUAUGCCAUCGUGGAACGGAAUUUGCGGUAGAGUUAUUGCUCAAGCUCAAGGUAUGUGUGUGCUCAGUACGCGGAAGUAUGGUGGAAAAGAUCAUCCAUGACAGGCCAUCAAUGGCGGCCCGAUUAUCUAUAAGACGUGAAGAAACUUCCCCAUACACACACACACACACACGAAACCUCACCGAUUGCUCACCAAACCAAACGCCUUCGUUGCGUUUAUGCACUGGGGUAGAGUGAAACCGCGACGGCGACCGACAACAGAGAAAAACUGCUGGUUUGUGUAAUUUGCAAAAGUGUAUUUGGCAGUAGUUUCGCGGAUUGGAGCGUGUAUUGUUCGAUCGUCACCAAAAUAAAAAAAAAAAACAAAAAUCAAUUCAAAAAUUGCAAAAGAGCCUCAACCGUUCAGGAUACCCCGUUUGUGAUAGACCGCUCACGCAAAGGACACGAACGAAAGCGAAGUUAACAUGAUGGAUGGACGCAAACAAAUGUUGCGCCACGUGCGCUCUUUUUUUUAAAAAAAAACUCAUCACCUCCCAACCACUUGGGUGGAGGAAACAUGGUUUUGUAGCAAGCAGGGAAAGCAAAGUAACAAUGAUGGGCUUCAUCUACCCUUUUUACAAAACAAAAAAACAAACAAACAAACAAAUUGGGCCUUAGCGUAACAUCUUGGAGACUUUGAAGUGCGGAAAACGUGAAUGAAAUACCUUUUUUUACCAUGAAUGAAAAGUAAGCAAUCAAGCAACAACACAGACGCAACACAUCUUACCACCGCAAGGCAGAUCGUACAGUGAGUUGGAGGGAUUUUAAGUUUAAGAAGUGAAGCAUUUUAAUGUAUACACGCACCCACACACACACCCGCACAUAGAGCAACAGGAUGUUCUUUUUGAUGUAUGUGUGUGGGUGGUGUCUAUAAAGGCUGUCCGAAUGUGAUUAUGGGUGAUUUUUUCGGUUUCUUUAAAAUUAUAAAAAAAAUUGGAAUUAUGUUGUUUGUAAAGUUUAGUUGUUUGUGGUUCUCAUGUUUAAAAAAAAAAAAAGAUUGUUUAGAAAUUGAUCAGUGAAUUGAAAAAAUGUUUCACGAACAUGUUGGUAAUUUGAUUUUUAAAUAACAUUCAGUUACGAACAUACUAAACAAAAAUCAUAUCGAAAGAAGAAACAAUUUUUGGACACAAAACACAAAAAAAAACAUAAAACAAAUACACCCCUAAAAACAUUUUCAAUGACACAAUGAUUUAUAAUUCGCAAGCAUAAUAUAUACAAAGCCCCACUACCCAGCGUACCCAACGUAGUGCAGAAACAUAUAAGUGUCUUAAGCAAAAGAAAGAUUGAACUUACAGAACAAAACCUUAACAAAAAACCAGCGUGUUAGCGUUGUGGGUGUGUGUAUGCAUGUGUUACCGGCGUAUAGUAGUAGCAGCAAACAAAAAAAAAGCCAGAAAAUAAACAAUAUACCCUACUAGUUCUCUUGAUAAAAAAAAAUCCAUCUAUAUUUUAAAUGUUUCUAUUUAAAACAACAAAACACUACUACACAGUUCUUUUAAUUGAAAAAUAGUAUUUUCUGCAUUGUGAAAAAAUAGAAAUAAAAAUAAAAACAGAAAAAAAGUGUUUAGGGGAUCUUCCGCACGUAACGAGUUUAGGAGUAGUUAAAGUGAAGGUGUUAAAAGAAGAUGAAAAGAUUAAAACAAUAUUAAACUGUGUACCCCAACCAGAGCAAGAAAAAAAUAUCGAAAGAGAGAAUAGAGAAGAAAAAACAAAAUUUUGAGUGUAAAAAUGGUUCGAUUUUAGCACACUCAGGCGGUGAUGGAACAAAAACACAAAAAGAAAGGACAAUUUUUAACAUUACAAUCAAUAGAAGAAAAUCGGAAAAUCAAACAUAAAAAAUUUAUAUUUUUUGGCCAUCAAUCCACCCAUCCAAGACGACUGUGAAUUAAAUCACAGACUAGCUUUGGUUGGGAAAGGAUGGGAUAAUAUAACUUUGAAAUGAAUCGCAACGAAAUUUCACUACUUUUCCCAUAAUCUCUCUUGAUGGUAAUUUCUGUACUACCCUGAAACCAUCACCGAUCGGAAACUGUUAAAAUCGAAACCCGUUCUUUGCUCGGAUUCGGAUUGAUUCGUGACUAUCUAUAUCACACCCUGAAAAUUGUAACGAAGUGAGACGAGAAGUACAGCAGAAACAAAAGAAGCUGGUAGAACCGUUUAUUACGUGUAAGCAUUUUAUUAGGUUUUAAAUAUAGGAUUAAAAAAAACAGAAGGAAAACCAUAA